UCAGUUCAGUCUUAACAUUGAUCAAACAAUAUCAUAAAAAUGGCAUUCAAAUUCAUCUCACUCUUCGCCUUCCUUGCCGUCGCAAGCUGCGGUGUUGUAUAUGAACAACCAGCUUAUACAUACUCACAUGGUGCUCCAGUCGUUCACCAACCAGCCUAUACAACAUACUCACAUGCUGCUCCAGUUGUUCAACAACCAGCUUACACAACAUACUCACAUGCUGCCCCAGCUGUCCAUCAUGUUUCUCCAGUUGUUAAAACCGUUGCCCCUGCAGUCGUAGCUCAACCAGCUUAUAUCAAGCAAGCAUAUGUUGCCCCACAAGUCAUCACAAAGAUCGCUCAACCAGUCGUUCACAAAGUUGCUGAAGACUACGACCACAAUCCACAAUACUCUUUCGCUUAUGAUGUCCAAGACAGUUUGACCGGAGAUAGCAAGUCACAACACGAAACAAGAAACGGAGAUGUUGUUGAAGGACACUACUCACUCGUUGAUGCUGAUGGCUACAAACGUACAGUUCACUACACAGCUGAUCCAGUCCAUGGAUUCAACGCUCAAGUCCAAAGAGAACCACUCACCCACAAAACAAUUGUUGCUCAACCAACAAUCGUCAAAACUAUCCAACCAGCACUCGUCAAGACUGUCCACUCAGCUCCAGCUUACUACCAUCAUUAAGAAUAUCAAGCUUUAUACUUAAUACCUGAACCAUGAUAGAAUUAAAUGCUGAGUAGUAAUAUUAAGAAUAGGAAACUGUGAUUUUUAAAUUCAGCUUUUGGUUUCAUUCAUUGUGAAUGUUAAGACUCCCAAAUGUGUUUUUUUAUUUAUUAAGAACAAAAUAAAUGAAAGAAAAAAUUUGAAAUUAAAA